AUGGCGGUACAUAUCGAAUCGUCCAUGCAGUUUAGCAAAUUGCUAGGCUCAUCAACUAUAGUUGUUUCCGACUUUUAUGCGGACUGGUGCGGACCCUGCAAAGCCAUCGCCCCAACCUAUGAAUCUCUAGCUACCAAGCACUCGAAGCCAAAUCGUGUUACAUUUACGAAAGUUAAUGUAGAUAAUCAGCAGUCCAUAGCCCAGCGAUAUGGAGUUAGAGCCAUGCCAACCUUCCUCAUCUUUCGAUCCGGCGCUGUCAUCGAAACUAUUCAAGGCGCAGAUGUUCGUAAGCUCACGACCGCCAUCGAGAAUGCUGUGAAACUUGCCGGUGCACCAAAGCCAUCCUUCUCCAGCCCAGGACAAACACUGGGUGGAUCUGCUCCUACGCGCUCCACGAUGGCAAGACAAUUCAGCUUUGAUAGGCUACUCCACGAUAUUAUCGCAUUUUUCGGACUCUACCUCUAUUCCCUGUUCUCAUUUGAUGCAUAUACCGCAGCAGAGAACUCCCCAUUCAAUAUCCACAAGGUCCCUGCUGCACCGGCAGCAAAAUCAUCCGGUGCAAGAGCUGGAGCAGCUACCCAGGUCGGAAAGAAACUAGGGACUAUCGCUGAUUUAGCGGGCAAGGACUGA